UGCACACAUAACCCUAGAUAGCAGAGAUGAAGACGACGACGUUGGUGAUGAUGAUAGCUUUAUUACCGGCUCUGGUAUCGACCAUGGCGUCGGUAGAGGCAGAAGCCAUGGCGCAUAGGAAGCUCCUGGCCGGCAAGAGAGGCCUUAAGGUGGAGAUUGGCGCUGGUGCUGCUGCCCCUCAGGAUGAUACGAACCAAGGUUAUGGUAAUUAUGGCUAUGGGAGUAAUGGACAAGAACCGAGUUCAUCCAGCCCCGAAUUUCAUCGUAAAUAUCCAAACGGGACCAACCCUAACAAUCAUUAAGAACAUCCGUAAUCACCAUAAGCAUCCUUUGGUUAUACAAAGUGAAUAUAUUUAAGAAUGAAGUGAAACUAAAAUGAGUAUUGUUUAGGUAGUUUCGCAAAUAUAUAUAUGUGUGUGUAUGGACUGUAAUUUCUAGUAGUGAUGGAUAAGGAUUGUAUGGGAACAAUGUAUAUCCAUAUAUAUACAGUAUGUGUGUGUUAUGCAUAUUUAAGAAUAAAGUGAAACUAAUUAA